CUGUUGUUGUUAAAGAGCGGGUUAGGGGUGAGUCCUUCCACAAAGUUCUUUAUACUUUUUUUUAUCUACGAUAAUGAGUGCUUUGAAACUUGUUGUUGCUUCUAAAGCAUCACCUUUCAGUUACGGGGUUCUCGCUGUUGCUGCUCAGGUUAAUGCUGUCAAGAAGGGAUCUGUCGAGAUCGAACUUCGCGAAGGAAAGAGCUUAGAAGGUGCUUCUAAGCCCUCUGCCUCCGUUACAUACAAUGGUGAGACCUACGAAACCACCAAUGCCAUUGCUAGACUUUUGGCCAGACUCAACCCCGAAGCCGGUCUUUAUAACCCUGAGGAACCUAUUAGCUCCACUUUGAUCGAUCAAUGGUUAGACUUUGCCGAAACCAAGUUAUCCAGCACCGAUUUCAAGGCAUUGGAUGCUACCUACAAGGAACUCAACAAGUACUUGACCCUUCGUUCUUACAUUGUUGGAUAUCAACCCACCAUUGCUGAUUUCGUGAUCUGGGGUACCUUGAGAGCUUCUCCUGUCUUUGCCCGUAUUGUCAAGACCAAGCCCGAAACUCUCGGUGCUUAUCUUGUCCGUUGGUUCGAAUACAUUACUUCUCUCGAAUCUGCCGAAUAUGCCUUAACCGCUGUCCAAAAGGCCGAAAAGGCCAACAAGGGUUCCAAGGCUGCUGAUCAAGGUAAGUUUGAGAUUGGUUUGACCAACGCCAUGAUGGGUAAGGUCUGUACUCGUUUCCCCCCUGAGCCUUCUGGUUAUCUUCACAUUGGUCAUGCCAAGGCUGCUCUCAUGAACCAAUACUUUGCUGAUACCUAUAAGGGUAAAUUGAUCAUUCGUUUCGAUGAUACUAACCCCAGUAAGGAGAAGGCUGAAUAUGAGGAAUCCAUCAAGGAGGAUCUUGCUUUAAUCGGUGUUGAUUCUUCCAUUGUUUCUCACACCUCUGAUUUCUUUGACCAAAUGUACGAGCUUGCUCUUAAGAUGAUUAAGGAAGGUAAGGCUUUCUGUGACGAUACCGAACAAAUGCAAAUGCGUGAAGAACGUACUGCUCGUAUUGCUUCCAAGUGUCGUGAUAACUCUAUUGAGGAGAACUUGCGUCGCUUUGAGGAGAUGGCCAAGGGUACUGAAGAAGGUUUAAAGAACUGUUUGCGUGCCAAGAUCGAUUACAACAGUCCUAACGGUACCAUGCGUGAUCCCGUCAUUUAUCGUUGUAACUUGACUCCUCAUCAUUACACUGGUGAUAAGUAUAAGGUCUACCCUACCUACGAUUUUGCCUGUCCUAUUGUUGAUUCUCUUGAGGGUGUUACCCAUGCUUUAAGAACCAACGAAUACCGUGAUCGUAACGUUCAAUACGACUGGAUGAUCCAAGCCCUCGGUCUCCGUAAGGUCACUAUUUGGGAUUUCAGUAGAAUCAACUUUGUAUAUACUCUUCUCUCUAAGAGAAAGCUUCAAUGGUUUGUUGACCAAGGUCUUGUCACUGGUUGGGAUGAUCCUCGUUUCCCUACUGUCCGUGGUAUCCGUCGUCGUGGUUUGACCAUCGAAGCCUUGAAGCAAUAUAUUUUGAUGCAAGGUGCUUCUCAAAACACCAUGCUUUUGGAAUGGGACAAGAUUUGGGCUUUGAACAGAAAGAUCAUUGAUCCUAUUGCUCCCAGAUACGUUGCUGUUCUUAAGGAAGGUGCCGUUGUCUGUAACGUACAAGGUGCCACUGCUGAGAUCAAGGAACAUCCUCUUCACAAGAAGAAUGCCGAACUUGGUAACAAGAAGACACAUUACGGUCCCAAGGUCUACUUGGAUCAAGAAGAUGCCAAGUCUCUUGAGGAAGGUGAGGAAGUCACCUUGAUGGAUUGGGGAAAUGUCUUUGUGCGUAAGAUUGUCAAGGAUGCUCAAGGUGAGGUUACCAGCAUUGAUUUAGAACUUCAUCUUGCUGGUGAUUUCAAGAAGACCAAGAAGAAGUUGACUUGGUUGACCGACGAUAGUGAUGUCUCUGAGAUCCUCUUGCUUGAUUAUGAUUACUUGAUCACCAAGAAGAAGGUUGAGGAUGGUGAUGAGGUUAAGGAUUUGGUGACUCCCGUGAGUGAGUUCAAGAUUGCUGCUCUUGCUGAUGGUAACGUCAGAAGCUUGAAGAAGGGUGAUAUCAUGCAAUUCGAGCGUAAGGGUUACUUUAUCUUGGAUGCUCCUGCUACUGCUACUGAGCCUGCUCACUUUAUUCGUAUCCCCGAUGGUAAGGCUGCUACCAUGGCUUCCAAGGCUGAUGUUUCCACUCCCAAGAAAUAAGUUUUCUUACAUGUAUAAAAUUCAUUUUUGUUAUUUAAAAAGUUCAUACACCUCUCAAUAAAACUACAUUUUUUUUUUUUAAUAAAUAAA